AUGGACUUUGAAACAGUUCAACUGACCUUCUUGAAAAGACUCUACCAGCUAGCUAAAUGCACCCCUGGUUACGCUGUGCGGCUUGAACUUGGGAUCAAUGAUGUCACCAUAGCCAUAAUCAAAGCAGCUCUCAACUGGAUAAUAAAAAUUCUGCAAAUGUCGUCUGAUCGUCUCCCACGAAUCUGCUUCGCUAGACUGCUAGCACUAAAAAAAUCGGCUUCAUCCAAUGCUAAAUAUAACUGGCUCGAACAACUUGACAUGGUAUCCAGGGGAUACAUAAGCAAGGACCUAUGGAGCUCUGCUGACUGGGCUGACUGGGAGCUGCCUCUGCCGCAGAUUCUGAAUGACCUCUCAUGCUCUCUCAGGGAAGCGGAUUUACGGAGAAUAUUUAUUCAAGCCAGUAGGGCAAAGUUUAUUGAGUCUCUCUAUACGGAAUCAUUGUCAGCGGCAGUGAAAGAGCUCUCGGUCACGGAGUUGCAGUCGAAGAUGGAUAUUUUGGAGAAUUAUUGGAGCCAAUUCGAGGACCAGCACGUGAGACUGCUCACUGGUAAGGAUAGCGUGGAGGUGCUCGAGCACGAUUACGUGAAUCAGGGGGUGACUCAAAGGCAGUUGCCGAAGAUCUCGCUGCCUACCUUCUCAGGGGACUUCUCCGAGUGGACACCAUUCAAAGAUCUUUUCCUCUCGAUGGUCGUCGGCAACAAUAACCUCUCUACGGUCGAGAAAUUUCAUUAUGUCUUGACUUCUCUUGCUGGUGAGCCAAAACAGUUAAUCUCAACUCUGCCAGUAGCUCAAGACUCAUUCAUUCCAGCCUGGGAUAUGCUUAUCGCGAGGUAUGACAAUGGACGUCUCCUCAUCUCUACCCAGCUGGAAAGGUUGUUCUCCACUCCGAGGAUCGUCAACCGUACGGUCAAGGAGUUUAAUGCUCUCCUCAACUCCACCACCGAAGCGCUCAACGCCCUGAAGUCGUUGGGGCGCCCUGUCGAGCACUGGGACGACGUCUUGGUGCAUAUCAUCUCAAGCCGGUUGGAUGUUAAGACGUUGGAGGCGUGGGAAGUUAAGAUCGGAUCCACCACCACCUUUCCAACGUACGCGGAACUCAGGGAGUUCAUGUUGAGCAGAGCAAGAGCUAGGGAGAGAAUUGAGCUGCAUCCUCUGCAUGCUCCCAAGACGCCAACUUCGAGUGUGCCCUCUCAACCACCCAGAGCAAAGCCAGCAAAGGUGCUGAAUGUCUCAACUGGCAGUGCAGUUCCACAGGCACGCGGGUCGAGUUCGCAGUCAUGGGCAGACAUGACCGCCAAUGCCUGCUCCAUGUGUGAAGAUGAGCAUUUCAUCGAUAAGUGCCCCAAAUUCAAGCAGUUGUCGCCGGAAAAGAGGAAGGAGUUCGUCGAAAAGAAGUACCUCUGCUUCAACUGCUUGGGGAAGCACUCCAUUCGUGUCUGUAGGACCACGAAGACGUGCGUUGUGUCUCACAAGCUUCACCACUCGAUGAUCCACAUCACACGUCCUCAGAAUGGUCCUCUGGAGACAUCUCAACCAGACCAGUUGAAGUCUCAAGAUAGUCUUGCGGUAAAGCUAGGUUUGUUGAAGUCUCCAGCUUUGCUACCUGUCGUUGGUAUUGGUAGAUCAAGGUCAUUCUCAAAGGAAUUCUCUCAGUUCUGUCUGAAGUCUCUGCACUCAGACAAACAUCUUCAGAUUAAGGCCUACAUUCUUGACCACCUCACAUCAUCGUUGACGUCGUUCUCAGUCUCGGAUACUCAAGCUUGGGGCCAUCUCGAGGGACUGAAGUUAGCUGAUCCGGAAUACAUGGAGCCAAGACCUAUUGACCUUCUCAUUGGCGCGGAUUUCUUCGGAUCAAUUGUGGAGCCACAGAUCAUCAAGGGGCCUUCAGACUCCCCUAUAGCAAUGCACACUAUCUUCGGUUGGGUGGUACUAGGACCUACUUCAGCGGUGAUUCCAAUGGUGGCCAGCUCUAAUCACAUCGCAGUCAGCAACGAGGAACUCUACGACCUUCUCACUUCGUUCUGGCUGCAGGAGGAGGUCCCAAAAGCCGAGGAUAGUGAUCUCACGAAAGAAGAGGCAGAAUCAUGUCUCUCCAGCCUGUUCGGGAGAAUGGAGAGGGAUCAACGGACCCUUCAGCUAUAUAGUGUUUUUCUCAAGGAGUACGAAGAUCUGGGACACAUGGUGUGUUCCAGCCUUAACUGCUGGGCUGUUCCAGCCUUAACUGGUUCGGGGAAUGCCGGGAGCGUGAAGUUCGGCUGUAGAUCUGAGGGGAUGACCUUGGCAUAUGGGGCUUCGGCUUCAGGAGGGUUGAGGAUCCCUGAAGAGAAGCAGUCGGCUUGUGUCUCCACUCGGUGUUCUGCUCAGAGGCAAGCUCAUUCGUCAACUCCUAUGUACUACUUUCCUCAUCAUGGUGUUCUCAGGGAAAGUAGUGAAACAACGAAGCUGAGGGUAGUUUUCAACGGUUCCAGUAAGACCAGUUCAGGGGUGUCUCUCAAUGACAUCCAACACACUGGAGCCAAACUGCAGAAGAAUAUCUUUGACGUGCUGCUCUCAUCCAGGCGGAGCAAGUACAUUUUCAUGACAGACAUCACGAAGAUGUUCCGUCAAAUCAAGGUGCAUCAUAAGGACUGGCCUCUUCAACAGAUUCUGUGGCAGGAUUCUCAAGGUCAGAUCAACACCUACCAGCUCACCACCGUGACCUACGGGACUAAAACGGCCCCAUUCUUAGCCUGUAGAGUUCUCAACCAACUGGUCGCGGACGACGGACAUCGGUUUCCUCUAGCAAUCUCUCCGUUGACCAGUGGAAGAUACGUGGAUGACAUCUGUGGUGGUGCUGAAGAGGAGAGUGAACUUCUAGAAGUCUCCAAGCAAGUGAGGAAUCUUUGCUUAGCUGGUGGUUUCCCUCUAGUNGGAAAAUGGGAAGCAGCGGUAAAAUCAGUGAAGUAUCAUCUCUCUCGAACGAUUCGGGAUACUACACUGACGUUCGAGGAACUCUCUACGCUGUUUAACCAGAUUGAAGCGGUGCUCAACUCCUNUGGGAUCCAAACACAGACCAAUUCAAGUUCUCAAUCCACCUUCCGGCCAACUCAAAGGUGA